AUGCUGAUGCUGUUGCUUAUGCUGAUGCUGAUGCUGAUGCUGAUGCUGUUGCUGAUGCUGAUGCUGAUGCUGAUGCUGACGCUGACGCUGACGCUGACGCUGUUGCUGACGCUGACGCUGACGCUGUUGCUGAUGCUGAUGCUGAUGCUGAUGCUGAUGCUGAUGCUGAUGCUGAUGCUGAUGCUGAUGCUGACGCUGACGCUGACGCUGUUGCUGACGCUGACGCUGACGCUGACGCUGACGCUGAUGCUGAUGCUGAUGCUGAUGCUGAUGCUGAUGCUGAUGCUGAUGCUGAUGCUGAUGCUGAUGCUGAUGCUUAUGCUGAUGCUGAUGCUGAUGCUGAUGCUGAUGCCGAUGCUGAUGCUGAUGCUGAUGCUGAUGUUGAUGCUGAUGCUGAUGUUGAUGCUGAUGCUGAUGCUGAUGCUGAUGCUGAUGCUGAUGCUGAUCCUGAUCAGCUCCCCAUUGCACACCCAUAAGAAGCUCACACCCUCUUGUCACACCCCCUGUACAAUACUCACCGUGAGCAGCACGUGCGCGUUGCUGAUGCUGAUGUUGGCACACGCUUCAGCGGCGCCGGGCGGCAGACUGGCGGAGUGA